GUGAGAAUUCAUCCGACACACUCUGCCCGGCCAUCUCUUCCUUCCUACCACCAUCUCCAAAUUGACGACAGCCCGUCCCGACGUCGUCAGCGACAGCGACGAACUCAUUUAAACGCUGCUCGCCAGCUUUUCCCCUUACUUUCGUUUAACUCUGACCACCGCUCCUUACCCCCCACCACCAUGCUCUCAUUUACAAACCUAUACUUUUUAAUCGCCUUUGCAACUUUGGGAUACGCUGCCACUGCUGAUGAGUGGAGAAGUCGUUCCAUCUACCAACUUCUUACAGAUCGCUUCGCCCUGCCUCCGGGAACUGAACCCAUCGAGUGUGACACAGGGAGGCAAACGUUCUGCGGGGGAACCUGGAAUGGAAUCCGCGACCGUCUUGAUUACAUCCAGAAUGCCGGUUUCACGGCGAUCUGGAUAAGCCCCGUCCACAAAAACUAUGAAGGACCGCGAACACCUUACGGUGAUCCAUACCAUGGCUAUUGGGUCACAGAUAUCACACAGCUCAACAGCAAGUUUGGUACAUCCGAGGACCUCCAUGCUCUCGUCGACGACCUGCACAAGCGUGGCAUGUACCUGAUGGUUGAUAUUGUAGUCAACCACGUCAUGACCACUUCGACGACACCCGACUACGAGAACUCUGAAUUCUUCUUUAAGGACGCUUCAUUCUAUCAUCCCUAUUGUCCCAUCGACUACAGCAACUCGACAAGCGAACAAGUAUGUUGGAUGGGAGACGAGCAGGUACCCCUCGCGGACGUCGACACUACCAAUCCAACAGUCAUUCAACGUUAUGGAGAAUGGAUCGAAGCGUUCGUCAAGGAGUACAAGAUUGAUGGUUUACGUAUCGAUGCCGCAAAACACGUCCAGGCUGACUUUUGGCCCGACUUUUGCGGCAAGGCUGGCGUUUUCUGCAUGGGCGAGGUCUUCGGUGGAGCUGAAGUGGACCCUGUUGCGCAAUGGCAAGGUCCAUUAGACUCUGUGCUCAACUUCCCCAUGUACUCGGCUAUUCGAGAUGCAUACGUUAUUCCUGGCCCAGCCAAUGUGACUGGUCUCGAUUUGACCCUGGUUGGGAACUUCCUGGAAAACCACGACGUUCCUCGAUGGCACAACUUGUCUGUGGACCCCCAGAGUCUAUAUAAUGCCAUGGCUUGGAAUUUUAUGACGGAGGGUAUUCCUGUGGUCUACUAUGGUCAAGAGCACGGUUUCAGCGGCCUCGGCGAUCCUCACAACCGUGAGGCACUCUGGCCCAGCGGUUAUGCCAAUUCCACCGCCUACGAAUAUAUCACCAUGCUCAACAUGCUUCGCAAUCACCUCAUCAAAACUACGGACUGGCUUCAACAAGAGACGACAAUUCUCACUUCUGGUCCUCAUGGUGUAGCAUUCAUCAAGGGGUCUGUGAUUUCUAUCUUGACGACCAUCGGUUCUCCCCCCCAAGUCGGUACCCACAUCUCUGCGAAGACGCCAUAUGCUUCUCAGACGCCUCUUACCAACGUGGUCACUUGCCAACAGUGGGUGGUAGGAGCCGGUGGUUCCGUUGACGCCCAGUAUUCUCUCGGUGGUGUCCCCGUCAUUCUGGUACCAAGCAGCCAACUCAAAGGAUCGGGACUAUGUGGCGAGGAGUUGGUCGAGAUCGACGAAGCUGGUGGCCGGGCUGACCCUUUGAAAGGCUCUGCUUCUGGGUUGCUUGCUAGUCGACCUGGCCUCCCUGUGACUGCUCUAACUGCUUUUACAUUCCUCUUCGCGAUGCUUAGUUCUUAA